UGUCCUAUUGGGGAGGUUUUCCUUGACUUUCUGUUUUGUAGCCAAAACAGGAAGGGAGAGGAAUUUUUUUUUCAAAUGUGAGGGAAUUCAUGGGCUACUAAAACGAAUUCCCCAAAUGGAAGGUUUCCUCUCUGUUCCUGCUAUGGUGACAACCUAAAAUUUGGGAUUUUCUUUCACUCUCAAUGCAGGGGAGGACUGACAACUCAUGGGGCCCCCGGGCAAUAGGGGAUCAUGGGGCCCCUGCGUCCUAGCCCACACUCAAACCAUACCCAAAAAAGCCUAUGAAAGGAACCAGGGGCAUCUCAUGGGGCCCCCUACUGACCCCGGGCCCUCGGGCAGUGGCCAAGUUCCCAAAUGGUCAGUCCACCCCUGAUUAUAC